AGACCGACCGAGGGGCCGCGAGCGACAGCGAUCCGUCCGACCGGCCGACUGACCGACCGGCUACCUACCUGUCUACGGACCCGCGGCGUAUCUACCAACCUACCUGUCUACGGACCGGCGGCGGAUCUACCUACCUAUUUACUUUCGGACCCGCGGCGGAUCACCAUGGCCUGCUGCCGGAGCGUCAAGCUGCUGCGGUUCUGGCUGCUGGUGCAGAACCUGGUGCUGUUCGCCGGCGCGCUGGCGCUGCUGACGGUCAGCGUGGACGCCCUGUCCUCGGAGCACCCGCAUCUGGAGUCGGUGCUGGGCGUGAGCGUGUCGCGCGGCGCCGCCCUCCUGCUGACCGCCGUGGCCACCCUGGUGCUGGUGGUCAGCUUCCUGGGCUGCUGCGGCGCCAUGCUGCAGAACACCUGCCUGCUGGGCCUGUUCGGCUGCUUCAGCGUCCUGCUGUUCAUCCUGACGGUGGCCGGGUUCGUGUCGGCGCUGGUGGCCGCCGGACCGGAGGCGGACGUCGUUCAGCGCGACCUGUUGGAGUCGAUGGGCCGCUACGGCAACGACACAGAGGUCACGGCCGUCUGGGACUUCCUGCAGCGCGACUUCCAGUGCUGCGGCGUGCGCGGCGGAGCCGACUGGAGCAACCACAGCUCGAUCGCCACCGAGGUGCCCUCCAGCUGCUGCCGACCGGGCGCCAACGGCACCCAGCUGCCCUGCGAGCAGCAGCCGACUGACAAGAACUCCUACUACGAGCACGGCUGCUUCUCGUCGGCGCAGCAGCUGCUGGAGGACCACAGCGCCGCGCUGGCCGGCGCCACCGCCGCCGUCGCAAUCUUCCUCGUCCUCUCGUGCACGCUCUCCUGCUUCUACAUUAAGAUGAAACGUCAAGCGUCUUAUGAGCGCCUCACAGUCUGAGACGAUCCGCGUGCUGGAGUACAGCGGCUUCACCCGAGUCAACGACGAGACGCUGCACGUGUCGCACGGCCCUCCGUCGGCUGCGGUCCGACCGGGCCCCAAACCGGCGGCGGCCGAGACCGACCAGGGCGCGGCGUAGACCGGCCCGGGACUGAGACAUUAUCUGCCCGCCGAGUGGUGACUGUGAGUGUGUGAGGACGGACUGACAGACGCCGGCGAUGCGGCUGCUGCGGUGUCUGUUGAGCGGCGCGCCGGCCGCCGCCCUCCCGUCGGCGCUGUACGUGUCCGGCCGCAGCGCCGAGCACGUCGUCUCCGUGCUGCGGCCGUGCCUGGACGAGGCGCUGGCGCCGGCCGCGCUGCCCGCGCUCCGACACAGCGUGCGCUGCCGGCGCGCCGCGCUCGACCUGGACGCCCUGCUGGCCGGCCACGCUGAGCUGCAGCGGCUGGCCGAGCAGAAGGCCGAGCUGACCCGGCGCCGGGCCGAGGUGGCCGCCCGCGGCGCCCAGCUGCGCCGCAGCCAGUCGGCCGACACUGCGCAGACGGAGCAGCUGCGGCGCGACGGCGCGGCGCUCAAGGAGCGGCUGCGCGCCCUGCAGGAGCCGCUCUGGCGACUGGAGGAGGAGCUGCUGCCGCGACUGGCCCGCCUGCCCAACACCCUCCACCCGCUGACGCCGGAGGCCGAGGACGGCCUGGAGCCGGUGCCGCCGCCGGAGCGGGCCGCCGGGCCGCAGGAGCGUGUGCCGCUGCCGCCGACCGACCCGCUGUUCGCUGACGUGGAGCCGAGCGACGUCAGUUCGGGCGCCUACUACCUGCACGGCGCGGCGGCCGAGCUCGAGCUGGCGCUGCUCGAGUUCGCCUGCGCCCAGCUGGUGGCCGCCGGGUUCGCGCGCGUCAGCUGCCCCGACACGGUGAAGAGCCUGGUGGCUGAGGGCUGCGGACUCGAGUUCGGCGACCCCGGUGAGGUGGCGCGGCUGGCGGCCUGGCACGAAGGCACGCCCGACUCGCCGCUGGGCCUGCACCUGGUGGGCGGCGCCUCGCUGCCGGCCGUCUGCGCGCUGCUGGCCAAGAGCCGGCAGCCGACGGCGGCGCUGCCGCUGCGGCUGGCCGCCGUCGGCCGGCUCUACCGACCGCCGGCCGCCGCGCCCGCCGCCGCCCCGCAGGCGUCCGCCGUGCGCCACCUGACCGCCUGCGCCGCUGAGCACGGCGACGACGUGUUCGAGGCGAGUCUCCGGGCCGUAACGGCACUAGUGGCGCGGCUCGGUGCUCCGUGCCGGCUGCGCCACGUGGCCGCGCCCGGCCUGGCGCGCUCGGAGCGGCGCCGGAUCGAGCUGCAGCUGCUGGUGGCGCGCACCGGCCGCCACGUGACGGUGGCGCACGUGUCCGACCACGGCGACUGGAUCAGCCGGCGGCUGCACGCGGCGCACGGGGCGCUGGGCGCGCCCGAGAGCCGGCUGCUGCACCUGGUGGAGGGCGCCGCGCUGCUGGUGCCGCCGGCCCUCGAGGCGCUGCUGGAGACGGAGGCGGGCCGCCGGCGCCACUGGCCGCCGGCGCUACUGCCCCACCGAGCCAGUCUGUAGUGGGCCGCCGGCAUUGUGUGAUCGGAUAGGUUUGGAUUGUAUAAUGUAUAUGCUGUGAGUCAUGAGCUGUAGUGUGUGUUGGAAUUGCUAUAAAUGAAGUCGUCUGAUCUAUA